CGCCCAUCUCGCCGAUGAUGACCUGGCGAUCAUCAUCUGCUGCCUCGUCUGGAUUCCGCGGAGAAUAUUUUGCCGACGCGAGGAAUCACCUUCCCUACGCCCUUGGCAACCCUUCCACCCCGCAGCAGCGAUGUUCGCUCUCCACCUUGGCGCAGCGGACGACACAAACGACGUCAGCAACUAGCAAGAUCGGCCCACCGCCGCGACUCGCGAUUCCGCCGGGCCCUACGCCCCUAUCAGUCAACGGCCGGCGCCCUGCUCCUCAUCCGCAGCGGAAACUACACCGACUCCGACGGCUCCUGCGGCGACAUCGACUACGAGUUCGUCACUUGCAAGGUCCGCCGCACCGAGGCCCUCGCGUUCAUCCCGGUGGCCUUCAUAUUCGCCAAAAUAUGCGUCGUUUCGGGGUCGCCAGCGUUCGUCGCUUGCGGGUUCAUGUAUAUCUUCCCCUGGAUGGCGAUUCAGGGCCUGCUGGUGUUGGUUCCUGUGGAAGACGGUCCAAGCUCCAUACACUAAGAGGAGGUGCACGAGUGCCUCCGGCGUGUGUCGACAAUUGCGGACUGCAUCUUGUUGGAUGUUCUCUGGUGGCUCGCGAUUAUCGCCGUCAGCAUCGGUGUAGAAAGUGCCAUCCGAUAUCCGCUGGAGCAAGGGGCGCUAGUACCUUUUCCUUUGAUGGUCGCCUGGUGUUUCUGUGGGAUCGCCAUAAACUUUCGGGACUGGGAUGUCCCUACGUUGAAAUCGGUCGUGGUCCCAUGGGGGUGGAUGGCGGUAAGUCAUCUAUCUUUUCUGGACUUUGAUGGCUUCCAGAGAUACAUGAGCCCGAAUAUAGUUGGUAUGUGUCUUUUUAUGAGGCCGGCGCUGGAUUUUACAAAGGUGUACGACAACGUACCGCUGCCGAAGGUGGACACGAUAUAUCAGAGAUGGGAAUUAAACGAAGCAUUUUCAACUUGGAGGGCGGCGUUUGAGAUUCUGACUCUGGCAUGGUCGUUCUCUGUGUACUUUCUGCGGUAUCAGGAGGUAGGAACGGCAAAGCCCGAGUGGCUGCGGUGGCUGGGGAUGUGAUAUGCUAUGGAUGGAAAACUGGUUGUUGUCUGCAUUUUUUGUUCGGUGGAACAUAUUUACGCAAGGAGUGAGGGAAUAAAAGGGGAGC